UGAAAAUUAACCCUUCAAAAAAUUAUCCACAGAGUAAGAGCGCCGAAACUGGGCUCCAAUUCCGGCCCUCCCUCUCCCGCCGAUCGGUAAAUUUUCGAGUCGUCUCUCUCGAGGUAGGGCUUAACCAUCCAUCGCUCCGCCGUCAUCCGGCUUUUUCCCGGCUGGUUCGCCGGAUUUCAAAGCGGCCGCAGGUUCUGUGCUUUUCGUGUACUGUAAGACAUGGGAAGGAGGAUAUUGAACGAUGCUUUAAGAUCUAUUGUUAAUGCUGAGAGGAGGGGGAAAUCUAUGGUGGAACUCAAACCCAUUUCUACUGUCAUGUCUUCUUUCCUUAAAGUCAUGAAAGAUCAUGGAUAUAUCAAGGACUAUCAAGUUUAUGAUCCACACAGAGUGGGAAGGAUAACAGUUGAGCUGCAAGGUAGGAUCAAGGAUUGCAAAGCUAUCACCCAUAGGCAGGACAUCAAGGCAAAGGAUAUUGAAGCUUACCGAUUACGAACACUUCCAACACAUCAGUGGGGUUAUGUUGUGAUUACUACUCCAGAAGGCAUCUUGGACCAUGAGGAGGCAAUGAGAAGGAAUGUGGGAGGUCAGGUUCUUGGAUAUUUUCAUUAGAGAGCCUCCUUGUUUUACCUGUUCCCUUAUUGAGAUUAUGAUUUUUUUUCAGAUGUUUCCCAUCUUGCAUUGGGUUCUUAUGGCUUAGUUUUCUUAUUUGUGUCCUCCUGGUUUUGUUGCAUCAAAUGAUGUAUGCUUUAGUCAGAUAAGGCACUGUUGUCCCUUUCUUUAUUUUUAUUGCUCCCACCGGUAAUGUAUCCAUAAUAAGACGUUUUUUUUAUCGAGGGUCGCGAGUCACAAUGACUUAGAUACAUUGAUUUUUAGUUUAUGAUGAUUUCAUGAACUACUAAACAAUAGUAGUGUCUUCGUUA